AUGUCUAAUUCCAUAAACAUCUUGACCUGGAAUGUCCGUGGUGUCAUAUCGUCGUCACUUUGUUUAUCGGAACUCUUAGUAAAAUCAAAGUGUGACAUUGCAAUAAUAACAGAGCAUAAAUUAAAAUCAAGCUGUGACAAUUAUCUGGACUCCAUAUGUUCAGACUAUUGUAGUCUCACACGUAUAGAAAAAUCCACUAACGAAACUCUAUCCGACAUUUGUCGCUUUCUGGGCAAGGGUGGAGUAAGUAUAAUGUACAAGAAAGGAAUCCAGUUCUCAGUUGUCGAAAUCACUGACAUUAGCUCUACUCGCAUUAUCGGCGUAGAGCUCAAGCGCUACAAUCGAAAGUCGUUGUUUAUUUUUAGUGUACAUCUUCCGUCGGAUAGCAAUACACAAUCUUAUGUUGAUGAGAUAAACUUACUUGAAGCUUUAUAUAACCUCUACUCUUCCUAUGGUGAUGUGCUUAUUGGGGGCGAUUUCAAUGCUAGUCUUUAUACCAAAGACUACUCGCACUGUAACUUGCAGAAAUCAAAAAUCAUGAAAGACCUUAUUACUCGAAACAACCUGGCAUGCCCGAACAUAGACUUUAAAACAAGUGGAUCAAACUACACGUUUAAUACGACACGAACUACAUUAGACUACAUAAUAUGCAGCAAAACUCUGAGCAAUUAUGUCGUAAUCUAUCAUGUCUAUGAAGAGGGUUCUUUCAGUUCUACUUCCGACCAUCUGCCAAUCUGCAUGGAACUACAAACUGACAUCAAAACACAUGUUCUAUCCAAACCAUCUGCCUCGCUUCCAGCCUGGCAUAAAGCCAAACCAGACCAAAUAAAGGAAUACGAAAAAUAUAUCCGUAAUCAUGCAAACUUCCAAAACAUAAGUCUGAAAACUAUAGAUGAUCUGGACAAGUUCUGCACAGAGUUAAACUCUGUGCUACAUUCUGCAUCAUCACUUACUAUCCCCACGGCAAAGUACAAACCCUUCUUGAGGCCAGAGUGGACUCCCAAAGUAAAAGAGCUACACGAUACAGAGCGCCAAAUGCGAAGGAUGUGGAUAAAUGAAGGUCGCCCUCGAGGAAUGACACACGACUCUUACAAAAAAUACAAACAUGCAAAACGAAACUUCCGGAACGAACUCAACGACGAACAUGAUCGUUACAUGUCAAGUGUUUUUAAGGAUAUAGAUGAAUCAUCAGAGUGCGAUGUUCGCCUUUUCUGGAAGUUAAUCAGACGACUGAAACCACGUUCUUCUCGCACUUACCCUGUUAUUGAAUACAAUGACGAACAAUUUGACGACCCUCCUGGCGUAUCUCUCGCAUUUGCAAAGCAUUUUUCAGACAUUUAUAAUGCCAAAGAAAAUGCAAAUUAUUGUUCAGACUUUCUCGCUUCAAUAGAAAACCGUUAUAGUGAACUCGUACGCAUAUCGAGAUCAACAAAUGAUAGUUUCCCAGGAGGUCCCGCGACCGUUAAGGAAAUACAGAACAUUAUUCGUAAUCUCAAGCGCAGAAAAGCCCCUGGUCUUGAUCUCACUCAAAACGAACAUUUAAUUCAUGGCGGUAUACAAGUAGCUAGAUGCAUUGCUCUCAACUCUUCAAUGCAAUUCUGGAAGUCGGAUAUGUUCCAUCCUGUUGGAAAAAAGACCUGA